CAAGUUAGCGAGCCACACCCUUAUGUCAUAGCCUCAAUCUCACUGUGCUCUGAAGGAAAUGUCCCGCUCCCUGCUACACUUCAGUGACAGUCUAUUUUGAUCGUGCUAGGGGCGAGAUAAGGGUUGGUGCUUUAAUGGCCAUGAAUGAACUUUGCACCCAGCGACAGUUUUACACACAGAUGGAGUCCUCUCGCUCACCUGCCCGUUCAGGAAAUGGCACAUUGCAGUGGAACGGAUAGCAACUCUUUGGAGAUACUUUUCAGGAUUUUAAUACCAUGGACAUUAAUUAUUGCAUCUGGCUAAUGCUGUGUACAUCUGGAGUGAUGGGACAGUUCCAGGUGGAUCCUCUCGUUGCCACGGUUCUGACAGGCUCUGACGCACAAUUCACUGCAAAGGUCCAGGGAACGUGGGCAAUCAUGACGUGGACCGUCCAAGGUUUUCUGGUCCUCACCGUUCCCAGAAGUGGUAACAUAUCUUCGUCCUCCGAACAGUUUUCUGCCUCGUUCUGCUCCAGCGUGGACACAGGCUGUGUGGCGUUCACCAUCCACAACACCACGCGUGCAGAGGCUGGACCGGUCACCUGCACCAUACAGGGAGACUAUGGAUCCAAGACUGUACAGCUGCAGGUACAAGAGAGCGGAACAGUUCAGAUCAAGGAAGGGAACAUGACAGUAGUCCAGGACCAGGAGGUUGAGAUCCACUGCGAGACAUCAGCUUGGUUCCCGAUACCUGAAAUCAGAUGGACCCUGAAUGGUGACACAAUGGACAGUGGUCCAACAAACAGCACAAACGUGACCCACGGAGAUUCCUUCAAUUCCUCCAGUGUACUGAAGUUCCAAGCUGUCAAAGAUUCUACAUUGGUGUGUUGGGCAACACUACAGACGCUCACAAACCCACUAGCCAGCUCUGUCCAUGUUUUGGUUGUACCCAAGCCUCCAGACAGGACUGUGCUGAUCGCUGUGGUUUGCUCCUUUGGAGGUUUGGCUCUGCUAGCUUUACUGAUCCUUGGGAUCAUGUUUUGCUACAAACGCAGGAAAGAGAAAGAAUCCAACUACCAAGACGAGAUGACCAAGAGAGUGAGGACACAAAGCCAGCUGAGUGGUUUGAGGCCUCCUGGACAGAAACAAGGUGCAGUCAAUGCAGGUUAUGUGAAAGAUGGCCAAACAAGUGUUGCCACAAGUGACCAAUCAGACAGUGGCUACUUUCAGAGAACCAGAUCCAACAUUUUUGAGCUAACUGAUAAACUGAUCCGGAAAGCCGGCCAAACUAUUGGCACGCAGUUGGAGGUGUUUGUGUCAGUGAGGACAAACUGCUCGCCAUCAUGGACAAUCCUGCCCACCCACUCCACCUGAUAAUUAAGGGACAGCAGAGUUCACACUCCAACAGGCUCCUUCAACUUCCUUCCCGUACUGUGCGAUUCAAGAACAUUCCACACUCCAUCCAGCUGUAUAAUCACUCGCCAUACAGCAAUAGAUGACAUCUGCCUAUUACCUGACACCUGACAUGUUUGCUACUUCUUUGUUUAUAAUGUUUAUAAUGUCUAUUUUCUAUUUCCUGCUGGACCUACUCUCUAUUUGAUGCUGCUGCUGUCACAUAUACUGUAUAUACUGUAAUAUUGUACAUGGUCAUUGGUAUAUAUUGUAUAUAUGUUAUAGACAUAAUAUAAUAUAUC